AUUCGUGGUGCUCCACUUCAACUGCCUCCUCACCUUCGGCUCCUACUUCUGCUUCGACAUCCCCAGCGUCCUGCAGGAGCAGUUCCAGGGGGUGAGCUUGGGAAUGACACCUGCACAGUACAAUUUGCUGUAUGCCAUCUAUGCUUGGACAUGAGUCACAAAUGCAGUCGUGGUUAUUCUGGCUGGAUUCCUGAUUGAUAAACUAGGAAAUUGCUUUGGUGUCUUUAUUUUCUCUCUUCUGACUGUGCUGGGAUCAUCGAUCUUUGCUUUAGGCUCACAUUUCAAGGGGUCACCAUACCUCCUACCGAUGAUGUUAACAGGAAGACUGCUCUUUGGCUCUGGGAAUGGGUCACUGACUAUUGUGCAGAACCGUAUCACAGCUUUCUGGUUCAAGGGGAAGGAACUGGCACUGGCAUUUGGACUGACUCUGUCUUUCUCCCGUCUUGGGAGCGUCCUCAACUUCUUCUUCACCCAGCAGUUUGAGGCAAAAUUUGGAAUGCAGUGGACACUCUGGGGAGGUACCCUGCUCUGUGCGCUUGGUUUUGUUUCAGCCCUCACAGUCAGUGUACUAGAUAAAGUGGGCAUGAAGCAACUGGGCUUGGAUGGGCUUAUCCAGGAAGAAUCCAAAAAAGUGCGCAUUCAGGACAUCCGUCAGCUUCGCCUUCACUACUGGCUCCUGGUCUUCACCAUCCUGUUCUUCUACAAUGGACUCUUCCCUUUUGUGGCCGACGCCAGCAAGUUUAUCCAGGAUAAAUAUCCUGGUUAUAGUCAGCAGACAGCUGCUUAUAUUGCUGGGGCAGUGUACGACAGCUCCCUCGUUCUCUCUGCAGCAGUUGGCAUAUUAAUUGACUAUGUUGGACUGAGAGGUGUCUUUGCUGUUAGCUGUGCUGCAUUGACUCUGCCAGUCUUCACUCUCCUGGCAUUUACGUUUGUUCCCCCGUUAGUCUCUACCGUCUGGCUGGGGAUUACUUACUCCUUUGCUGCUGCCAGCAUGUGGCCAUCCAUACCUCUUGUGGUCCCACAAGCAACUUUAGGGACAGCUAUGGGGCUUGCAAGGUCUGUGCAGAUGGUUGGAGUUGGCCUUUCAAAUCUGAUCGUUGGACACAUUCUCGGAACGAAGUCCAGUGAACUAAAGAUCCCCCUGUGGCGCUGGCAACAGAUGAUGAUCUUAAUCUUGGCAAACACUGUCGCCUGCAUUGUUGCCUCGGUUAGCCUCAAUGUUGUGGACAAGAAACAGGGUGGGACACUGAACAGAACGAGAAAGGGAGCACCUGUGGAGCAGGAGGACAGAGACCCAGCUCCCCUCCUUGAUGAUGAAACAGGAAACAAAGGCUCUGUCAUCUGA